CGGAAACGCGCAUGCGCCAUGCGGCCUGCUGCGGCCCCCGGUCGGUGUUUCUCUCGCCCCGUUCCCGUCCCCGGACAUCAGGAGCAACAAAUUGACACCUGGAAACUGAAACCAAGGGUCACAUCAAAGUCUGACAGAGUCACUCAGUUCGUCCGGAUCCAAACAUCAAGUUUUAAAAUUGGAAGACAAAAGCGUUCGUAUCUUCUGCAAGCAAAGACUUCAGCUCAGAAUUCAAUUUCACAGGGCGUUCGGAUGGCAAGACCUCCGGUCGGGGAACCGGCGCCCAACCUCCCACCUGGAUCUGAUCGAGUCCCUCGAUUUGUGGCAACCCAAACUCUGUCAAAGAUUGAGUAUGGAAGGAGGGAACAGCGGAGGAGAACUGUGUGCCGAGUGCGGGCAGAGCUUCCGUCGGUCGCCUGACCUGCCACGACACGAAUGCCGUCCCAUCGGGGUGAAGCCCUGGAGGUGUGGAGUCUGUGCGAAAGCGUUCAGUUAUCCGUCGGAUCUGGACCUGCACCAGCGCAGUCACACGGGCGAGAGGCCGUUCAUCUGCUCCAUGUGCGGGAAGGGAUUCGCUCGUUCCUCCUACCUGCUGCUACACCAGCGGGUGCACACCGGGGAGAAGCCGUUCACCUGCUCUGUGUGCGGGAAGGGAUUCACUCAGUCCUCCAACCUGCAGACUCACCAGCGGGUCCACACCGAGGAGAGACCUUUCGAAUGUCCGGACUGCAGGAAAUUCUACAAAAGCUCCUGGGACUUGAUGCGGCAUCAACGCGUCCACACCGACGAGAGGCCGUUCAGGUGCUCGAGCUGCGGGGCCAGUUUCAAACGGUCGUCUCACCUCACUGUCCACCAGCGGAUUCACACCGGCUGGAAGCUGUUCACUUGCUCGACCUGUGGCAAGGGAUUUACCCAGUCGACCUCGCUGCUGUUGCACCAGCAAGUUCACAGCGGGGAGAGCCCAUUCACCUGCCCCUUGUGCGGCAUGGGCUUCACACAGAAAUCCCAUCUGCUGACCCACCAGCGGGUUCACACUGACGAGAGGCCGUUCAAGUGCCUGGUUUGUGGAAAUGGCUUCAAGAGUCCCGGUGAACUGACGCGGCACCAGCGUGUUCACUCGGACGAGAGACCGUUCAGGUGCUCCGAAUGCGGGGCCGGCUUCAAGCAGUCGUCUCAACUGACUGUCCACCAGCGGGUCCACACCGGGGAGCGGCCCUUCACCUGCUCCGAGUGCGGGAAGGGCUUCAGUUGCUCGUUCAACCUGCUGACCCACCAGCGGGUCCACACCGGGGAGAGGCCCUUCAUCUGCUCCCAGUGCGGGAAGGGGUUCACUCAGUCGUCCAGCCUGCUGACCCACCAGGGCGUUCACACCGGCGAGAGGCCUUUCGCCUGCCCCAGUUGCGGGAAGGGGUUCGCCCGGCUGUCCACCCUGCUGACCCACCAGCGCGUCCACACCGGGGAGAAGCCCUUCAGCUGCUGCGAGUGCGGGAAGGGGUUCACUCAGUCGUGCCACCUGCAGAGACACCAGCGCACCCACACCGGGGAGAGGCCCUUCACCUGCACCGUGUGCAGGAAGGGAUUCACUCAGUCGUCCAACCUCACGGCGCAUCAGCGAGUUCACAAGGAAUGAUUUGCAGACAGGAAACUCAAACCAAGCAUCACAUCUAGAUCUGGAGUCACUCGACCGAUCAGAGCAGAUAUAGGGGGGAAGGAGAAAUGUUCUGUGACAGAAAGUGUUUUUUUUAAAAGUAAGUGUGACUGAAAGAUCACUGCUACACGCUUUGGAGUGAGAGUGUUCCUGUACACGGACAAUGGAAAGAGCUUUAAACAGUUCCACAGAGUGGGGAGAAAGCGGCGCACCGACCGCAGGGAGAAACCAUAUGUGUGUCGGCGAGGUUUCAAAUGAUAAUCCAAUCUGGAGAGAGAGGGCGGCUCAAGGACAGCUGCAUCCUGGAGAAACCAGGGAAGUGUGAAGACUGGGAGAAAGGAUUCAAUUCCGAUCUGAGUUUGAAAUCCAUUGGCGCAUUCACACUGGGGAGAGAGUGCUCCCGAGUACGGGAAAGAAUUCACCUGGUCAUCGCUGAAUGACGGACCAACUUGCUGCCUCUGACACAAGACCUUUGAAAUGUGCUGACUUUCUGAGAUGGGCUUUCAAAGUCCGAGGAAUCUGUUGACCCACCCAGCGGAUGGGGAGAAACUAUUCCCCUGCUUCGUGUGUCGGAAGCAGUUCAUUCUCAGUGAGUUUGUGCUGAGGCAAAACCUUUCAAAUGUUCUGGGGAGACUUUUAAAAGCAGCGAUGAUCUGCUGAGGCACGAACAGCAAGGACUGGGUUCUGCUGAAGUUGCUGCUGUUAAUCACAUCCAGAACCUGACCAUCCUCAUUCUAAGAGAACUUGUCUCUGUUGAUGUAAAUAGUCACUCUGGCGAGGUUGA